AUGAAUCCGCACCGUGCAGUGCCGUACUCGUCCCAAGCCAAAAAACACAAACUCCAGACCAACCCACUUCUAGUACGUGUCGAGAAGAAAGCUGGUCAUGGUGGAGGGGGUGUCUACUGUCAACCAGAUAGCUGGAUAUGUCGAUACAUACAGUUUCCUGCAGAGAGUCCUGAACAUUGA